AUGGAGGAUGACGAGAACACGACGACCAGAAUGGAGAAAGUGAAGCUCGAGGAUGCCGCCGACAGCGGCGCGCACUUGGAAAGCGCAGCGAGAGCCUCUACCUCAACCCCGAAGCCGCGGAGUAGCGAAGCCCCGUCCCCUGCCUCGCUGGAUGGCACAAAGUCGCAGAGCGAUAGCGUUGGAACUCCCAACUCGACGGCCAAGCCCGCGCGGUCGUCGCGCAAGUCGUCACAGAAGCCCACCGCUCGCGAGGUCCCCUUGUAUACCCACCUCCCAGACGUUACCGACGAAUCUUGCCAGACCUUUCAGGUCAUCCCCGACUGUCUCUAUGGAUCCAAGCAUCUGGGCUCGACCGACAAUGACGCCCUCGACUGUGACUGCAGAGAAGAAUGGCGAGAUGGCGAGAAUUUUGCCUGUGGCGAAGAUUCAGACUGCAUCAAUCGCGCGACCAAGAUGGAAUGUAGCGCUAAUGCGGGAAACUGUGGUGGCGGUUGUCAAAACAGGCGGUUUCAACGUAAACAGUACGCCGACGUGACAGUCAUCAAGACUGAAAAGAAGGGCUUUGGCCUUCGCUCCAAUUCAGCUCUAGAACCCAACGAUUUCAUUUAUGAGUACAUCGGAGAGGUUAUCAAUGAGCCGACUUUCCGGCGACGGAUGCUCCAAUAUGACGAAGAGGGCAUCAAGCACUUCUAUUUCAUGUCGCUCAACAAAAACGAGUUUGUGGACGCGACCAAAAAGGGAAACCUAGGUCGGUUCUGCAACCAUUCAUGCAGCCCCAAUUGUUUUGUGGACAAGUGGGUGGUUGGUGAUAAGCUUCGCAUGGGCAUUUUUGCUUUGCGCAAGAUUCGAGCAGGCGAGGAGCUCGUCUUCAACUACAAUGUUGACCGCUACGGCGCGGAACCUCAGCCAUGCUACUGCGGAGAAGCGAACUGUGUCGGCUUCAUUGGAGGGAAGACACAGACUGAGCGCGCUACCAAGCUGCCCACCGCUACUGUCGAGGCGCUGGGUAUCGAUGGCGCUGACAGUUGGGAUACCCAUGUCCCCAAGAAGCCCCGCAAGAAGCGUCCUGACGAGGAUGAUGAGGAGUAUGUCAACAGCAUACAGCCCAGAAGCUUGGAUGAGGACGAUGCUCGCAAGGUCAUGGCCACGUUGAUGCAAUGCAAGGAGAAGUGGAUUGCAGUCAAGUUGCUUGAGCGAAUCCAACGCUGUGACGAGGAACGCGUCGUUCAUUGCGUGAUGCGCAUGCACGCAUACCAAAUCCUGAAAACCACCCUCAACACAUUUAUCGACGAUCGCAACGUGGUCAUGCAAGUCUUGUCAAUCUUGGACAAGUUUCCCCGGUUGACGAGAAACAAGAUCCAAGACUCCAAAAUCGAGGCGACAAUCCAAAACCUGGCCGAAUCCGAACAUGAAGACGUGGCCUCUCAGUCCAAGAAGCUCCUCGACGAGUGGAGUAAGCUCGAAGUCGCCUACCGAAUACGAAGGCGAAAAGUUGACCCCAACGCGCCGACACAAAAUAUCAUUGAUGAACGAAGGGGGCAGGCCCGUGAAGAGGAGGCGGCAGCGGCAGCGUCCCAGCCAACUCCCAAGACUGCGUCCCCACGUCCUAUCGAUGCCCCCAAGGGACCGCGAAGAUGGUUUACCGCCAAGGAUGCGGGCGGUAACACGUAUUUUUACAACAAGCAGGGAAAAUCAACUUGGGAGCGGCCCACACAGCCAGCCGCGGAACAGACGCCAAAGGCUCCGUCCAAGGCUAUACAAGAGCAGCUACUCAUUCAAAGCAUCAUUGACAAGGUGACAAAGGAGGGCACACCUAAGCAGCCAGCUUCGCAGACUCCGGCGCCAGCUGAGGCGUCUCCAAAGGAGCCCAAGAAGGACAAGUGGCGGUCUCUACCGGUAGAGAAGCAGAUGAAAGUCUACGAACACACGGUGUACCCCCCCGUGAAGCACGUAUUGGACAAAUUUCGACACAAGCUUCCCAAGGAAGAGCUAAAGAGGCUUGGAAAAGACGUCGCGAAGAAGCUUGUGGCAUCUGAUUACAAGAACAAUCGCGUCAACGACCCUGCCGCGCCGCUUACCGAAAAGCAAGAGCGCAACAUCAAGAAAUACGUGAAAGACUUUUUGGACCGUGCAGUUGCCAAGUUUGAGGCACAUCACAAAAGGAAGGCAUCAGAGACUUCGAAGAAGGGCCCGGACACGGAGCAGGGUGCCAACGGGAAACCAACCCCCGACGCGGACAAGGCUGGCGAGAGCCCAAUCGACUCUCCCCCAGAGCCAGAAGCUGCCGCGGAUGACAUUGUUCUUAGUGAUGUGGAAGAUGACUCGCCCGAUGCCCCUGAUCGUAAACGAAAGCGUGAUAUUGACGCCGUGGAAGCCUCUGCAGAAUCGCCCCUUGAUGGUCCUGACAUGAAGAGGCUAAAGGAGGAUGGUGCAGACGGUGCCACUCCUCCACCCCCGCCUCCUCCUCCUCCAGAGAACCCUGGUGUAAAUCGCACGGAGGCGGAACUGGCUUUGCUUAAACAAGAAGAGGAGCUGAUGCGAGAGAAUGAGGAGGCGCAGAGGCUCGACGACGAAGAGCAGGCAAGGAAGAAAGAGGCCGCCUCGCGGUCGAACCCAGAUGGUCCGGCCGGACAGCAAACGUCCAUGGACGAACAUGGUAAUGCCCGACAACAGGAGCUGUUGGGCCAUUAA